AUGGCGAGAAACCUGAUCUUCUACUGUGGCCUCAUCGCCGCCGUUGCUGUUUCGGCGCAAGACAAGCUGGACAACUUGGACGUGGCCGAGAUCCUCAACAACGACCGCCUCUUGAAAUCCUACAUCCAGUGCAUGCUCGAUGCAGACGACGGAAAGUGCACCACCGAGGGAAAGGAGCUCAAAAGCAGGCUGCCGAAAGUGUUCGCGACGGGAUGCGGGGACUGCACGCCUAGCCACCUCGAGAGGGCUGUCAAGGCCCUGAAGCACAUCACAGACAAGUGCCCUGUAGAAUGGACCAAGCUGAAGGCCAAGUUCCACCCGACGGGCGAAUACACGAAGCAACACGCUGAGACAUGGAAACAGCACGGCAUCAAUGUCUGAACGCUAUGGCAGUCCGAGUCG